CAGGGGCGGACUGACCAUUUGCAAACUCCGGCACUGCCCGAGGGCCCGGGGUCAGUAGGGGGCCCCAUGAGAUGCCCCUGGUACCAUUUUCAUAGGCUUUUUUGAGUUUGGGCAAGGCCAUAGGGGCCCCAUGAUCCCCUAUUGCCCGGGGGCCCCAUGAGUUGUCAGUCCGCCCCUGAUCGCGCACCAAGCAGGCUGACAGUGUGCGGGCUGACAUCGCAGCCGGACGAUUUUCUUUGUAUACUGCUUUAUUCUGUUUACGUGAAUGUAAGUACAAUACGUUUUUUAGGUGCUUUUUUUGAGUGUGGGCAAGGACACAGGGGCCCCAUGAUUCCAUAUUGCCCGGGGGCCCCA